AUGUCGACAGGACACCGCAGCAACCGCCAAGGCGCACCAGCGUCCUCCUCACCAGCGCUGCCCGACCAGUAUGAGGUCCUCUACAACUCGGCCGUCCAGUCGUUUGUCCGCCGCGACCAUGUCAAGACCCAGGCCACGCUCGCAAGGCUUCUGGCGCUCACACGAUCGCUCCCGCGCGACACCCAGCCGUGGUACGACCUGACCCCCAGCACCGAUGCCAACGCCGCGGCCCACAAGACGAGCGAUGAGUGGGUGACAAAGACGCUCAAGCUCGCCAUGUCCGCCAACGCGUCCAUGUACUCGGACCCGCCCCGCAAAAACGACCAGAUGCAGCAUCUCCUCCCACCGGCCCCGCCCACUGCCAUGCUGGAGCACAUUCGCGACCUCUGCGUGUCGACGUACGGUGCUCCUCUCCUCCCGCCCCAACUCGUCUCGACGUUCCUCCUCGCCGCACUGAAACUGCGUCCAUCCGAGCCGGCACUCACGUUUGCCCACAACCUGGCCGAAAACUGGCUUGCCGAUCUGCCUGACGAAUUCAUCCUCGGCAUCGCAAGCGAAUCUCGCGGCGCCAAUCGCAAGCGCGUGGAAGUCGCGCGCGAGGGUUAUCUCAAGGUGGUGGAGCUGUUUGUGGGCGAGGUCCUGGGUCGUGAGGGAGAGUGGGAGAUGGCGCGUGGUCUCCUCGAGGGUGACAUGGUCAUGGGUUCAAAGAAGAAGGAGGCUCUUUAUCGUCACCUCCGCCAGCUCCAGACGCGUCCUGUCUCGCAGCCCCAGUCUCCGGCCAACUCUGGCAUCCUGCCCACUGCCGCGAGCGACGACAGCGUCCCUCCAACGCCUACUCACAAGGGCAAGCGGUCACGACUCAGUUCAACCUCUUCCUCGUCGAGCGAGGCCACCGCUCGUCCAGCCGGCGUGACGUUUGGCGACGACCGCCUCGGCGCCCUGCGCAGCGUCAGCGGCAACGCAAAGGGCAAAGCUAGGGAGGCCCAGUCCGAAGGCGGCGACUCGACCGUCCACGCCCCGCAGAGCGAGGCGUCCACUGCCAUGCCUCUCCCGAGCAAGAUCUACGUCCGUCCCUCGGGCUCCGGGUCCAACGGCGAGGGUGACGCCGGCCCCAGCCGCAACCGCCCGCGCAACUCUGUCCUGCGCUCGACUCUGGCCUUCCUCCCUGCUCCCCUCGCCGUCCGCCUCGAGGAGCUGUGGCGGUCUGGCUGGCUCUCGUCCGUCCUCGUCCCCCUGCCCAUUAUCGUCGUGCUCCUCCUGAUCGCCCACCGCCGCCAGCAGGCGCGCAACAGGGGAGCGGUGACGACAGUCCGUGACCGUCUGCGCCGCGCGCGCAUGCAAGGGCUGGGGCCGUGGAUUAUGCUCUGGGUCAAGUGGUGGAUGGACAAGGUGGCAGGUAUUUGGAAGUUGGGUACAACUAUCACGUAUAUGUAA